AUGGCGAGGUUUUUAGUAGUUCGAACUCGCCGACCGCCUCGUCACCCAGCCGACGACUUACGGGCUAUCGCCGGUUCCCCUUCGCCCCAACCGAGGAAUUCCCCUUCUCCUCCCCCUUCGCCCGGUUCACCAGAAGACGCAGACGUCGAUGGACCAUACAAGUGCGAAAUGUGCUCGCUAGAAUUCCCCCGACGCGACGCCCUCUUACUUCACGUCCCUAUACAUAUAUGA